UCUCCCUCCCAGAAGACAACAGCGAGAGGCCCAUCUCCCGGAUCUACCCAAAGACUUGUGCAGAGCGUUUGUUUUUUGGUUCAAGCACAGACAUGUCGAAUUACAGACAGCAACACGCCGGACACAGCAAUGGCUCCGCGCAUCCCCAGGCCAACGCGCGUGUGAUUGAACGUCAAGGCGCCAGGAUCCUGUGUAUCGCCGAUAUUCGUGGAAAUCUCGCCUCACUCAACGUUCUUGCUAGUCAGCAUGAGGCCACCCAUAUCUUGCACUCUGGCGAUUUUGGCUUCUAUGACAAAACAUCCCUCGACCGCAUGACCGACAAGACGCUGCGUCAUGUUGUUCAGUACUCGCCGCUCGUCGGCCCGAGGCAGCGUGGCGAUGUGUAUGAUACUCACCCAAAGAGCGAUGUUCAGCAACUGCGAAGUGCCGUGGCCGCAGCCGAACCCUCGAUCCUUUCUGACUUGCCAGAAUUUUUGGCAGGCAGGCAGACCCUUUCUGUGCCCGUGUAUACAGUCUGGGGCUCAUGCGAGGAUGUACGUGUCCUUGAAAAGUUUAGGUCUGGUGAGUACAAGGUGCAAAACUUGCACGUCGUGGACGAGGCGUCGUCACCCUUGUUGGCUGUCGGUGGUCUUUCGCUACGACUGCUUGGUUUGGGCGGUGCUCUUGUACAGCACAAACUCUUUGACAAUGGCGAGGGACAAUCCACCAUUGCUGGAGCUCAAGGCAUCAUGUGGACGACGGCUUUGCAGAUUGGCGAAUUGCUGCACACCGCUGAUCGGACCUACAGCACAGCAGAAACUAGGAUUCUGAUGACGCACCAUGCACCCGGUCGGGACGGAUUGCUCACACAGCUUGCUCACACCGUCAAGGCUGAUUUCACGCUCUCUGCCGGUCUUCACUUUCGCUAUUCUUCCUCGUACAGCGACUUUACCGUCUCGCCGUCCGUCUCCCAUUUCGCUCAAAAGCUGGUGGCAAGUCGUGCUGCCUUCUUGGCAAUCUAUGAUGUCGUCAAGCCAGAGCUGACAAGUCUACUCAGCCCCCCGCAGGAUCAACUCUUGCAAAGUGUCCUCCAGAUGGUCGAGUCGAUGCCGAAGGAAGCAUCUGAGACGGCACUACCAGUGGAAGGUCCCUUCAAAAAUACUUGGCACUUCAAUCUACCUGAUGCACAGUUUGGCUCGCUGGUGCUUGCCGUGCAGGAUGGUCGUAUUGCUGAAGAGAGCAAGAGUCAGGGCUUCAGUUUUGGUUAUCGACGUGGUGGUACUGCACCACAAGCUGCCCCUGUACAAAAAGCGCCGCCUGUCGCACUGCCAAGGCAGCAACCCCAGCAGCCACAAAACGAGCAUGCAUCAACACAAGCGAAUGUGCAGCGCCAGCGUCAGGUUCAGCCAGAAAAAGCCGCGACGCCGCCUCCUAUGAAAGAUACACGUCCUGCACCACAGACAUCCGUGAGUGCUGUCGAGACGCCACUACCUGCGGCUUCUGCAGACACAACACAAAACACCGCAAAGCCAGCAGAGGCACAGCCACAGCCAUUGCAGCCGCAGCAACAGCAACAGCAGCGUCCAGGCCUUUGGGUGCAGCCUUGUCCGAGUGUUGAACGUGCAAAAGAGCUCUUCCCCUCUAGCACAGACUGCCUGAUCAAAAAAACGGCCAUGAACAGACCUUAUGCCUACGUCUAUUUUGCUUCACAAGCAGAUAUGCAAGAAGCACUCAAGGGAUGGCAAUCACUGGAUCCUGCAACACAGGAUGGCAUUGCUGUCAAGGAGAUGCGCGUCGACGGCGGUCACAACAAAACAGGUCCAGGCUUUGGCCGUACGCGUGGUGAUAGUCGCGGCGGUCGUGGUGGAAGCGGUGGUCGUGGCGGCAGCAGAGGUGCCCGCGGUGGUGGUCUCGGUCGUGGUGGAUCGACAAUGGGCAGCGCUGGCGGUCCUGCUGCGUUGUCUUCAGCGCCUGCUCCCACCAGCAACUGAAGAGUCGUCUCCUCCUGAGGCAGGACGCUCUCCAUCUCUUCACGUUGUAGCAUCUGCAUGACCAUUUACACAUAUAACACGAGUAGCAGAUGAAGCAGAUCUCCCAUAGCAUUCUCAAUAUUUCCAUCCU